CAGACCCGCCGCAAACAUCUUUGUGGCUGGCGGAGGUCGUACGGACUUCGCCGCAUUGGGGACCAUAAUAUGAAGCGAAGAUUAACGAAGAGCUGAAAUUCAGCUCUAUGCGAUAGGGUAUGGGUGCAUGUAGGGCACGAACCUGACACAUAGUCGGGCUCAGCUUUUACCGUACACUAAUGUAGUGUUCAGUUCGAGAGCCCAAGAUCGUGCCUAUCAUAAAGGACUGUUCGCCCAGAACAAGUCAGCAGUGAUCAUCGCUCAUCAACCACAGUCAACAUGUUCGUGGCUGCAGUACUUGGUAUGAUGGUGGCCCAUUGGACUGCCGUUAUCAUCAGUUUCGCAAUCUGUUACCUCCUCGGCUCAGCCAUCUACAACUUGUACUUUAGCCCUUUGGCAAAGUAUCCUGGCCCGUUCCUCGCCAGAGUCUCUGCCUUUCCAGAUUUCUACUGGUCUCUAACCGGAGACCGACAUAUGUGGAUUGCUCGCAAUCAUGAGAUCUAUGGGGAUGUGAACCCCCAGGCCCAUCGAGAUAUCUUCAACCACAAAGCCAACGUCAAGCGCGCCAAGUUCUACGAUAUGUUGACGCGGAACAAACAUGACACGAGCACCAUCACCGGGACCGACCCAACCCUCCAUGCUCAGAAAAGGCGGGUUCUAAAUACUGUCUUCUCGGAGAAGUCCCUUCGUUCAAUGGAGCCCUUCCUGGUUAAGCAUGUGACACGCUGGUGUGAGCUGCUCAUUGACGGGGACGGUACGAAUUGGUCAACUCCACGGAGAAUGUCCGAAGCAUGCGAUUAUCUGGUCUUGGAUGUGCUCUGUGACCUCUGCUUUGGGCAGUCUGUCGACACCAAGGAACCUGGUGAGAAUGACUAUCGUAAGAUUCCUCAUGCGAUUGGCUCGUUUCUGGACGUCCUUUACCCGCUUGGUCAUUCUCCAUGGCUGGAUCUUAUCGUCUGGUUAAAGCCAAGAGGCCUCGAUUGGGUGUUUGGAGCCCUGACUCCUCCGCACAUUCAAUUUCUCUAUGACUUUGUGAAGCAGUCGCUAGCGCAACGUCUCAAGACCGAGAAAGCAACCCCAUCGACGGGACAGGAAGGCCGAGGAGACAUGCUUCACUAUCUGAUACAUGCGAAAGACCCAGCAACCGGUCGUGUGGGGUACACUACAGAAGCGCUGGAAGCCGAGGCGCUAAUGCUGACAAUCGCGGGCUCCGAUACUACUUCCGUGAUCAUGGCUGGAUUCUUUUUCUAUAUUGUGCGGACACCUCGUGCUUAUCGGAAGCUUGUUAAUGAGAUACGAGCUACCUUUACCUCCAUCGAGGAGAUCAGAGCCGGCCCGCAACUGACGUCCUGCCAAUACCUUCGGGCUUGUGUGGAUGAGGCAAUGCGGAUUAUGCCUCCCGGGCCAUCUGAGAUGCCUCGAAUUGUGCUCCCUGGAGGCAUCAUAGUUGCUGGGGACUAUAUUCCCGAAGCAACAACUGUUGGAGUGGCGUCUUGGAGCUUCUACCGCAAUGAGGAGUACUUCCCAGACCCUAACGUCUAUCGGCCCGAACGAUGGAUCGUGGAUGAGGAGGCUGGAGUUACUGCCGAAGAUGUGGCCAAGGCUCGAUCUAGUUGCUUCCCGUUUGCUGCUGGCACGACCGGGUGUGCUGGGAAGAAUUUUGCGCUUUUGGAACUUUACAUGACCAUUGCAAGCACAUUGUGGCAGUAUGACGCGCGGUUACUACCAGGCGACGUGACUGGUGCCGGCAGCAAGGCGCAAGGAUGGGGAAAGAGGAACCCAAACAUCUUCCACGUCAAGGACAAGUAUAUCAGCGUUAGGGAUGGGCCAAUGGUUCAGUUUAAGAAGCGAGUAGCUUAGAUGCGGACACAACCAUAGAUGGG